ACAACAUAGCUUAGUAUGGAGCUUAAGAGGACCCUUCAUCCAAUCAGGGAAUUCAGGAGGUCUAUCUCGAAAUCAUGUCAAGAUCUCUCUCAUACCUUUACUACUGUCAUCACCAAACCAGUCACUGUGAAGCGCCAUUCCUCCUUCCAAGACAGUGUCAACCGAUUGGCCAUAAGACAUGACCGGUUCAUGAGAAGGCUCUCAGAUUCUUUAUACAAUGCCAGAUGGGAUAACGGUAAAAUGAACAUACCCCACCGGAUUUUAACACCGGACGACCCAGACACUGGUAUUCCUGGUAAAUACACAGAGAGUGAUUCCAGUACAGAGUUCAUUACCACCCCCCAGUCCUCCUAUGGAGAUGGUGUCAGCCAAGGUAGUGAAGAGUCAUUAGAGAGGCGGUCCAGUCUACCACGGAUGAAAAGUUACGAUGCUGUUGUUUUCGAAAUUUUGCGAGUGUCUCCAGAAGAUUUCGCAAGCCAGAUAACUUUAAUGGAUCAUCCAGUUUUUAAAUCCAUACAGCCAGAUGAAUUAACUUCUUGUGCAUGGACAACAAAAGAAAAACUAAUAAAAGCCCCAAAUGUGGUGGCUUUUACAAGGCGCUUCAAUCAUGUAAAUUUCUGGGUGCAACAAGAAAUCCUGAACUGUCAGACUUUGAAGACUAGAGCAGAUGUACUGGCUCACUAUAUCAAAAUUGCUAAGAAACUACUGGAUCUAAACAAUCUUCAUGCUGUCAUGGCAGUUAUUUCAGCUCUCCAAAGUGCAGCUAUCUUUCGCUUGUCCAAAACUUGGAUGAUGUUAUCCCGAAAAGACAAAGCAACUUAUGAGAAAAUGGCAGACCUUUUUAGUGAAAACGACAACCGACAGAGAUUACGGGAUUACAUGGCUAGUAUUAAGUUGCCUUGCAUACCAUAUUUAGGCCUUUACUUGUCAGACCUGAUCUACAUAGACGUAGCACAUCCCCAUUCUGGGGGCAUGGAAUCACAUACACGUAGAAUGCAGAUGAACAAUAUACUACGAACCAUCUCAGAAUAUCAACAGUCUAGUUAUGAUCACCUUCCUAUGUUGGAACAUGUGCAAAAUUACCUUAAAUCUGUUCGAUACAUAGAAGAGCUCCAGAAGUUUGUAGAAGAUGACAACUAUAAAUUGUCAUUAAAAGUGGAGCCUCCACUUCAAGGCCAGCAUCUUUCCACAUCUAAGGAGGACGUUCGUAUCAAUGUGGCUCCUCCUUCACCGGCACCGGAACCCCGUAAUAACAUCACACACACACCAAGCUUCACCGCUACGACAUCCAAAUUCCACCCGUGCCACAGAAAGACUAAAAGCUUAAAUGCAAAUUUUAUGAGCAAUGGACAGAAAUCAAUUGCUGAAAAAACAUUUAGUCUUCCAUCAAAAACUACAGCCCCAUAUAUCCAGGGGAUUCGCCAUUUAUUAGACGACAGUGUGUUAGAGGAGUCGCCUUGUGCUUCCAGUGAUGGCUCUAUAUGUGGAAAGAUUCUUGGAGAUAACAGUGAAACACCUGCUGAAUCAGUAUUUCCUUCAUCAGAUUCAGAAUCCCAAAAUAAAAUAAUAUUCAGUAGGGAUUUAACGGUAGAUGAUUUAAACAACUUCCAGCAAAGCAUUACAUGUGAAGGGUGCUUACGAAGAAAAACAAUACUCAAGGAUGGGAAAAAGCCAACAGUUGGUGCAUGGACACGGUAUUGGGUAUCAUUAUGGGGAACAUCUUUACUUUAUUACCCAAACAAAUCUUUACGAGGCAAUGACAGAUCAUCGUUUAAGGCAGAGCCCAGUAAAAUGACCUCUGUUGUUGGCUGGAUGGUUGUCAUGGGUGACAACCCUCUACAGCCAGAUGCAUUCCAAUUGUCAGACCCAAUGAAAGGGAAUGUAUACAAAUUCAGAGCUGGGUCACAGGCAGAUGCAUUGAUGUGGUGUCGUCAUCUAAACGAGGCCACAAAGAGAUACCAGCCACAGACUCCUGCCAACCUGAUGUCAUUUGACUGAUCUUCCAAACAUACAAUUGACUCUGUCUGUGAUAAUAUGGAUCUCCAAAGAGCUUGACAGUGCUCAGUGUUAUGCCUCAGCGAUUUUGCAAACUGUUUGGCAAAAUUCCCUGCUCAUUUGAUAGCAAAGAGCAUUGCAGGAACCUUAAUAACAGGUUUCCAUCUUGCCAAGGAAUAGUCGAAGCCAGAUUAGCCAACUGAAUAUUCUACAAAAAAAAAAAAAUUGUGCCAAACACACCCAUCCAUGGUGGCUGGGAUCACUCCAUGCUGCUACAAGUAAAAUCUCAGUAUUCUGUAGACUGUGUAGAUUGGACAUUCCAAGAGGUGCAAACAAAGUGGUGUUUCUUCAACACUACAGAUUAGCAUUUAUUGCUUGAAUGGAAACUCAACAAGUUGCCAUAGACUCUGCCAGUUCUCACAUUCCUCAUUCAUUUUCCUUGGAACACUUAUUUUUAUCUAGUCUUGCAACUAUUUUCUUUUUUUCUGACAUUCCAGAAAAGAUUUUUUUUAUAAAUUGUUAUCUGCACUGGUUGUCCAUUAUGAAUAGGCUCAUGAAUAAGAUGUCCAUGAUAAUUUCUUUUUGAACAGGGUUUAUAUUCCAUAAAGCUUCUCUCUAAAUUUUCAGAUUUUUCGUUGACAAAAGUGACAUUUCUUUGAGUUUCUUACCUGAAAUAACUGCCACCUCCCACACCUUGUACCUAGAAAGACAUCUUAAUCCUGUGUGAAAUCAAUGCAAUUUUAAACUGCAAUACUUUGUGCUUUUAAACCUCUGCCUAAUGAAAGGGGUUCCUAGUCAGUUAUAUUAACUAUGUAGCAUGUUUGUUGAUAAGUUAAUUUUUGAAAGAGGUGUAAAUUUUAACCUUACUUUUAUUGCUGAAAAUUAUUUUUAGAAAAAUAUACUAUUUGUACACCAUUAUGUUUUAUAUUUGCAUCCAUAAUUACUGACCAACUUCACUGUGCUUUUAUCUUGGCUGCUGAUUAAGUAUUGAGGUGCAAAUAUUCAUGAUUUAAGACAAAGCCAAAUUGGAGUUAAAUAUUUGGAAUGAAUUUCGUUUUAAAAUGUUCUUGGAUAUUAUAUGUGCUUUAAUCAUUAGGAGCUAAGUAUGCAACACAAAAUUAUAAUUUGAAGAAAAUACUUUGAAAAAAAAAGUUUUUUUAAGAUGCAAAAUCAGCGUUUUUUUCUUACAAGAAUUUAGAUGCCCAGUAGUGCUAGUUUGUUUGAAAUAUUUUCUUGUUAAAUGAGAAAACAGGGGAAAAAACUGUGCAAUAGGUUGUCAUGCAAAACUACAUGUGUUGCUAUAAUAUUUAGUCAAAGAAAAUUGUUUAACAAAAAAAUAAUUCAACAUUUUUGUUUGACUUUUGUAUUUGCAAUGUGCAUUAUUCCUCAAGCAUAAUUAAUAUUUUAAUUAAUCAUAUGACUCAUUAUACAUCAUGUUCAUAACAAUAAACUACAAAAUGCUCAUAUAAAAACAAGAAAAUGCAUAAAAAUGAUGAAAUAAAAACUGUUAAAUAUUA